AUUCUCCCCCAAUUCCCCCGCCCCCUGCCCCAUCUCUCCCCGUGUCUUUGUCUCAGUUCUAUAGUUAUUACAUCCGUCCCCUGUAGACCCAGUGCUGCUCCGAAUACUGCAGCAACGUUAAGCCCGCUAUAAAUCACAUUGCAUUAUCACGGUUGCGUUCUCGCCUCUCGCCCCGCCCACCCGCCGCUGCUGAUUGGCCAACCUGUCCCUUUGGACCCCUUUGCGACCGCCCCCUCAGGCCAAUUCAAAGUCCCGCCCUCUUCCUUGGCAGAGGCCAUUGGCGGACGGGGAUUCUCCUUGAGCUGUCAAUCACGGCUUUCUUGCGCGUUGCUUUAUUGCUUCUUCUUGCGAUGCAACGAGUGCGGAGCUACUAAUCGCGCUGAAUACCGAAGGAAAGGCAGAAAAAUAAAAAAGGGGGAAAAAAAGAGGACUGAACAAUCGCUGAGAUUUUUGUCCGUUUUCCGUCUUUUACAGAUUAAUUCCUGUAAUUUCCUCCGCAUCGCUGCAUGCUCUUUUGACCAUCUGUUCGUGAAAUUUUUUAAACACACCACAAUAAUUCAGUUUGGGAAUAUUGUUUUUUUUUUCUUCCUACAGAAGCCUUUUUUGUGUCCUUUGGCAGUGCUCUGUCGUUUUAGGAGCACAGACGGGUAUACUCGUGACGGAAAGACGAGGGAGUUUGAAGCCUUUUAAGAUUUUUGGGGAUCUUGUCCCAUAUCGCAGCUGACAACUCUUUCAGUCAUUAUUGAUGUCAUUACUGAAACAAUUACCAAUCCAGGUUAUCGUCUGAAACGUUCGAGAGACGACAAUAAGAGGAGACUACAACAGUUUCUGAAAAAGAAAAAGGCGCAACCAUCAAACAAAUAUAUAGAGAGAAACUCCAACAUGAGCUGCACCGUGUUACGAAACGUGCUGGCUGGUUUGCUCCUCGCGGUGGUGUCGAAUGGGUUGAGUGCGCACGCUGUGGAAUUCGGCCACCUGCCCGACAAUAUCACAGUGAUCGAGGGGGAGAGCGUUAUUUUAAGGUGUAAGAUCGACGGUGACGUCACUCACAAAGCCUGGCUCAACCGCUCCAACAUCCUGUUCACCGGGCGGGACAAGUGGUCCCUGGACCCCCGCGUCCUAUUGGUCAACAGCAACGACAGCGACUUCUCCAUCCAGAUCGAGCGGGUGGCGGUCAGCGACGAGGGGCCCUACACCUGCAGCUUCCAGGCCCGGAACCAGCCGCGGACCUCCCACGUGUACCUGAUCGUGCAGGUUCCCGCCCGGAUCGUGAACAUCUCGCAGGACGUUUCGGUGAACGAGGGGGGCAACGUGAACCUCUUCUGCCUCGCCGUCGGCCGCCCAGAACCCACCAUCACCUGGAAGAACUUCAAAUAUGGCGGUCUGCUGAACGACGGCGAGUUCCUGGACAUCACGGACAUCCGGCGGCAGCAGGCGCAGGACUUUGAGUGCGUCACCAACAAUGGCGUGGCCCCGCCCGACACGCGGCGCGUCAAAGUCACCGUUAACUAUCCUCAGACCCCCAUGAUCACAGAUGUGAAGAACAUGCCGGCCCAGCUGGGGAAGGCUGCAGUGCUGCGCUGUGAGGCCAUGGCUGUCCCCACCGCCUCCUUCCAGUGGUACAGAGAGGACCGCAGGCUAGUGGAGAGCAACGGCAACCUGAAGAUCAAAAACGAGAAGACCCGCUCGUUGCUCCUCUUCCACAACGUCACGGACAAACACUUCGGCAACUACACCUGCUUCGCCUCCAACCCCCUGGGGGCGUCCAACGCCAGCAUGCUGCUCUUCCGACCGGGAGCGGUGUACAGCGGGGGCGCGGGGAUGACCGGAGGUUUGGGGGUCUGUCUCGGCCUGCUCCUCUCUCUCCUGCUGAAGGUCUAAGCGACUCGGCCCGCCAAGGAAGGGAAUUUCUUUAACUACGAACCCAUCACUGUGAACAAAAAGAAUAUGCAUUAUUCCCGGAGCCAUUGCUGCAUCGCAUCGCAUCACAUCCUCCUCCCACUGCCUCGUCCAAUCACGUGCUCCCUUUCUUGAGCUCCGCCCCCUUCCACCCCCGACCCUGCCUCCUCCCCUCUCCCGCCGCUCUCCUCAGCCCCUCAGUUUCACAGGGCACCAAAUUAUUAUUAUUUUUUUUUUACCCUGUCACAACAAGGGUCACCAUGACGAUAUCGCAAUCACACACCUGUAACGAUAACAGGAAGGGUAACAAUAUCCGCGAAAUAAACUCUAAUAGUCAUAGAAAAAAGGGUAACGGUAGCGAUAUCGAUCCUAGCGGCAGCUGUGAUGGCGGCAAGGAAAAAGAUUAUAAAUAAUAAUAAUUUAAAAAACAAUAAUGAGAAUCAUAGCAAUCAUUAACAGAGGUGAUAGUCGAUGGGAUAUUGAACGAUGAAUGUAUUUACACUGUGUCAUAAGUAGGAAUUACCUGAAGAAUGGCUGAUUUUUGGGGCUCUCUCUCUCUCUCUGUCUCUCUGUCCGCGUUGGGAAAGACUCACUGCUGGGCAUGCAUCCAGCUUCUGUUAUAAAAAAAAAAAAAUGAUGAUGUUUAUUGCAGUUGUGAAGACCGUAAUGGUAACUUAUGUUUUCGGGAUAGACGAUGAUACUAAUAGCGGUGAUGAUGAUGAUGAUGAUGAUGAUGGUGAGCAGGUGAUCGUCCCUUGUGCGUUACAACAUUGGGCCCCUGAAGGAAUGGGUUGGCGGUGCUCAACACCCCCCCCCCCCCACCAGGUCUCAGAACAGAACAACACUCCACACAGUGCGUUCUUGAUCCAGUCGCAAAGAUGAUGUCAAUAUGUACCCUCCUUCUGAAACGUAGGGCCUUGCAUCUUUACCCCCCAUCCCCAUCCCCACAACCCCUCCUCUCAUGUUUUUUGGAGAUCUGGACCCUCACCCAGCAUGCAGUAAACACCACCCCACCCCCAAAGUCCACACCCCUGCACAAACCCCCGCUCUCCAUUUGAAGCCACGCCCACAUCCGCUUCUGCUGUCUCCCCUGCCACCUCGCUUCAUAAAAAGGGCCAGGGUUGUGUGUGCUCCAAGCCUGGUGUAAAUAUUUCCGUACACGGAGGCCCACCUGUAUUUGUACUGUUUAACGAGAAACAAGAACUACAUUACCCAUGCGCCUCUGUUUCGCCGAGUCAGUGUGCUCAGUGCCCCCGACUGGCGGUGAAACGGCCCAUCACUCCUUGUCGCUUGUUGAUAGCAUGUACCGGUUAGAAAUGUUCCUGUCGUGAUUCCCAUCCGCUCCCCCUUGCCCUACACUGUGUCAGUUGUACUCUGCAAGGUUAACCGCUAUAACUUCUGGUGUUAAUAAACGACGAUGUUAAGUAUUUGAAUAAAUAUAUUAAUCCCACGUGACGGACAACUGCAGAGCUGAUUUACAAGCCAUGUGUGUGAAUAUAUUUUGUAUUUUGCUCUGAGAAAUAACCUUCAUUUAACAAAAUAAACCAACAAACAAACAAAAAAAAAAAAGGAUGUAAAAAGUUUUAAAAGUGAUGUGCUCUAUUUUCCCAUGUCCGGCUUUUUAAGUUUUGAAGUGAAUGGAUUUUUUUUCUUUCAUUCAGAAAAGAAAAAUCGAGGAAAUGUACUAUAAUUUGGAAUGUAAAUGUAUUUUGAACGUUUCACAUGCUGUUGUCUGUCUUGUAGACGUAGAUUUGUUCACCUGGUAGUUGUAAAAAGCUGCACCGUUCUUUAAACUAAACCCAAGGAAUAAAUAGAAACGUAAUCAUCCAGCCCUACUUGGCGAAACCACGGUGAUGCCACCCCCCUCCCCACACAACGGCGCUAGCAUGGCGAGAUAACGACAUAAUUAGGCGUUACCCGUGGCGCGCGACGGUAAGAGACCGUGUUUUUUUUUUUUUUCCUCGUCGCUCAAGCCGACGGAGGACCGAAGUCGUAAAUCAAACUCAAUCGCAGACUUCGACACAUUUUUUUUUUUUUCCAAGGACGGGUUGCCUUGGCACGUUGCUUCUAGCCGCAGACGGAAGUUGAAACCCCCCCGGUAUAAUUACACGGCCGCUUUAAAAAAAAAGGCAUAGCCAAGCUGGAGGAGGAGGGGAGAUGCAGCGAGCGGCGGGGCAACCUCGCAGACCGGCCGUGGAUGGUUGUAGCGCGUCUAUGCAA